AUGAUUAGUGUGAAUAGUACCCGAGUUCCGUUAAUUCCUCCAGAGGAUAUUCCUUUGGAAGAUAAGAAAGAGAAUGAGUUUGGUCGCUUGACAUCUAAAGAGUUCUUGUAUCAAAGUAAGUCUAGAGAUGGAAAGGCUCUACAGGAUCCAAUCUUAGAUGCGCCUGCUUACUAUGUCUCUUUGAUCACAUACUUAAACUAUCUUAUUUUGAUUAUUCUGGGCCACAUCCAUGAUUUCUUGGGCCUAACCUUCCAAAAGGAAAAACAUAAGAGUAUUAUGGAGCAUGACGGAUUGGCACCAUGGUUCUCCACAUUUGAAAGUUUCUAUGUCAGAAGAUUGAAGCAAAGAAUCGAUGACUGUUUUUCGAGACCAACCACCGGGGUUCCAGGGAGGUUCAUCCGUUGUAUAGAUCGUGUUUCUCAUGAUUUGAAUGAAUUCUUCACGUACCCUGGUACCACUUCUAUGUGUCUCAAUCUUUCCUCUUACAAUUACUUGGGUUUUGCUCAAUCUGAGGGUCAAUGUACGGAUGCUGCAUUGGAGUCAGUGGACAAGUACGGUGUUUAUGUUGGUGGUCCAAGAACUAGAAUAGGUACUACCGACUUGCAUGUAAUGGCUGAAAAGUACGUUGCACAAUUCGUUGGUAAGGAAGAUGCGUUGUUGUUUUCCAUGGGUUAUGGUACCAAUGCCAACUUUUUCAACUCAUUUUUGGAUAAAAAGUGUUUGGUUAUUUCCGAUUCCUUGAACCAUACUUCGAUUAGAACUGGUGUGCGUUUGUCAGGAGCUGCUGUUAAAACUUUCAAGCACAAUGAUAUGAGAAAGUUGGAAAGCUUGAUUCGUGAGCAAAUCGUUCAAGGCCAACCUAAGACUCAUCGUCCAUGGAAGAAGAUUAUUAUAUGUGUGGAAGGUUUGUACUCAAUGGAAGGUACUAUGGCAAACUUACCUAAAUUAGUGGAACUAAAGCGGAAAUAUAAGUGUUAUCUCUUUGUUGAUGAAGCACAUUCUAUUGGUGCAAUGGGACCUUCUGGACGUGGUGUUUGUGACUUCUUUGGUAUUGAUCCAAAAGAAAUCGAUAUUUUAAUGGGUACUCUAACAAAAUCCUUUGGUGCUGCUGGUGGUUACAUUGCUGCGGAUAAGUGGAUUAUUGAUAGACUCAGACUUGACCUCACGACUCCAUACUACAGUGAACCAACACCUGCUCCAGUAUUAGCCCAAACAGUUUCAUCACUAAAAACCAUUACUGGUGAGUUGAACCCUGGUGAAGGAAAAGAAAGAUUACAACGUAUUGCAUUCAAUGCUCGUUACCUAAGACUAGCCCUACAAAGAUUAGGUUUCAUUGUAUAUGGUAUUGCUGACUCUCCUGUUAUCCCUAUGCUACUUUAUGCACCAAGUAAAAUGCCUGCGUUCUCAAGAAUGAUGUUGCAGCGGAAAAUCGCGGUUGUUGUUGUUGCAUACCCUGCUACCCCAUUGAUUGAGUCAAGAGUUCGUUUCUGUGUUUCUGCUGCACUCACAAAAGAGGAUAUUGACUAUUUAUUACGCCACAUUGAUGAAGUCGGUGAGAAACUAUUCUUGAAGGUUUCUAGUGGAAAGGCAGGUGGUUCCUUAGAUGGUAAACCUCCAAGAUGGAAUAUAGAAGAAGUCAUCAAGAGAACACCGGAAGAUUGUAAAGACGACAGAUUCUUCAGAAUAUAA